CAGUGUUUAUUCCUCUUGUUCUGGCGCACGAGGAACAUAUCGACACAGGGAAAUAUUACAAUGAGGAACGCACCAAAAUGUCUCCGACUUUCCAAGUGACUUGCGGACAUCGCAUUGUGGUGACGUCUGACCAAGACAUCUCCAUUGUGGCCAAGUGCAGCAACGGCAAGAAAUAUUACAAAUCUGAUCAUUAUUCAGUGUUUAUUAAGAUUCCGAUAUCGUACGAGCGAAGGCGGCUCAACGUGUGCAGUCUUUAUCAGUUCCCAAAGAAGCACGUGUACGCGGUGCAGAUAUCCGUGUCGCACCUGCACCAGGGCAGGACGAGGGCCGACAUCAGGGAAUACAUCAUCACGUGUUCGUUUGAGAGUCAUGGCCGAGUAGUCUCCAAACAGAUACUACUGGAAGCUGACAACUUCAACUACGAAGAAAUCGUCGUUAACAAAGGGAAGCUGGCCAACAUUAAGGUGUCUCUCUUCUUGGAAAACAUUAACGGAAAAAAAAUCACUGACAAGAUUGAUAUUGGAAGAAAGGUAUUCAUUUAUUUGCCUUUUUAUUUAUUCCUUUUACUUGUUCUAAUCCCUGGUUAGUGACCAUGCUGGGGC